GUUUUAAUUAUUAUCAAUAAAUUCCAUGCGAGGGAUCGAUGCAGAAACCCAUUUUGCAUUUAAGCGUACUCCAUGCUCAUCCCAUAAAAGAUAACCCAAUCUGCCUUCAAAUAGAAGCAUUGAAAAGAGACGCUUAAGAUCUUGAAAACGCGGAGAAACCACGAGCUAUACACGAAGUUUCCCAUCAAAUCACCCACCCAAAAUCAAGAAUCUCCGCCAAAUCAUUGCUAUAUAAAGCAUCCAGUGGCAAUCAAUCUAUCCACAUUAUUUCUUCAUUUUGAUUAUUUAUUUUCUUCUUUCUUUCUUUCUUUCUUUCUUUCUUUCCAUAUCUGCAGUUGUACAAUGGAUCUGGUGGACAAGGCCAAGAACUUCGUGGCGGAGAAGGUGACCAAUAUGAAAAAGCCGGAGGCCUCCCUCACAGACUUGGAUCUGGGCAGCGUCCACCGUGAUCGCGUAGAAUAUGACGCCAAGGUUUCUGUCAAUAACCCUUACGGACAUUCAAUCCCCAUUUGCGAGGUCUCCUACAGUCUCAAAAGCGAUGGCAGGCUGAUUGCAUCAGGGAAUAUGCCAGAUCCUGGAUCAUUGAAGGCAAACGACACAACAAUUCUGAAUAUAGCAGUGAAUGUGCCACACAGUGUACUAGUGAGCUUGGUGAGGGACAUUAGCAGAGAUUGGGACAUAGAUUAUGAGUUAGAAGUCGGUCUCACCAUGGACCUCCCUAUCAUCGGCGACUUCACUAUUCCUCUCUCUAGCAAGGGCGAGGUCAAGCUCCCCACCCUUUCUGAUUUCUUCUAAUACCCUUUUCCUAAUUUGGAUUGAUUUUCUUACCUACCAAACGCUAGUGAUAUGGGAUUAUGACAUCUCCAGAUCAUUAUGAAUGUUUCAACUAAUAAAUGGUUUCUUUGUUAUUUCCAA